CACGUCGUUGACUUGGCACCACUCGCACAGUUUUAAAUCUUUCCAACAGACGGUUAAAUAACUGCAUUUAUCAAGGUAGUUUGAAGGGUAGUCUUCUGAAAUGGCACUUCCAACAAUGCCAGCCUACUGGACGGCUCGCUAUAAGAACAUACAAGAGAGGUCCAUGGUAAACAGACGCACACAUGAAGCUGAUUUUAGAGACCAGUGGGGAAACAACGCUCGCUACUUCCAGAACUCUGAUGUCACCAGCACCAAACAAAGAGCUUGGACAUCAGACCAGUCAUUUCAACACAGUAUGGAUGCUUACAAGAAGCGUGACGAGCGAGAGAUAAAGGGAUUAAAACUUCAAGCUCGUAAAAAUAAACUGAAGCAACUGUUGGAUACAGAGAGAGACAGAUAUGAGGCAGAACUAAAAGGUCUGUCACCCGGAAACUAUCAACGGCUCAAGGGCAUGAGAGAUCGAACUGAUGAUCUCAAAACAAGAAAGGAAUCCGCCAGGAAAGAGAUAGCUGACCAAAAGAUGUAUGAACACUGGAAACAGAACAACCCUGAUCUUAGAAAGAUUGAAAAUGAGAUGCACAAGAAGCAUGUAAUUCAUGGCUGGGGAGAGCAAGUAGAUUCCCACAGGGAGCAAAUGGUAACAGCCCGCAACGAACAGAAACGCAUGGAGAAUCAGAUGGAGAUGGACAGAUUGGCCUCCCUGGAAAAGGAACGGCAGUCUCAGGAGACUAAGCUGCAAGAGGAGAAAGAAUUGGCCGGACAGCUUAAGGAUCAAGUGAAUGAGUUGAGACAGAGAGAAGCAGAGGCGGAUAGAUUAAAAAACGAGCAGGACGCCCUCUUGAGGCAGCAAUGGGAACUAGACAAGCUUGACGAGGAGCGACGGGCCAUGGAAGAGGAGCGCAAGAAGUCCCAGAUGGCUCGAGCGUUGACCAGACAGUACAAGGCUCAGCUGAGACGAAGGGCUAAAGAAGUCCAGGAAGCUUUGGAGCUAGAUCGUAAAAUUCUUGCUGCUUUAGUGGAGAAGGCAUCUGAAGAUCAUCAGAUACAGACAACAAGACGAGAGAAAGCCAAAGCAGAUGCAGCGUGGAUGAAACAGGUCGUAGAAGAACAGUUGAAGUUAGAGAAGGCCCGGGAAGCAGAACUUGACAUGCUGUACAAGGAUGAAGCUGCCAGGGAGUGGCAGAAGAGAGAAGGGGAGUGGGAAAGAGAAAGACAAGCCAGAGAGAGACUCAUGAAUGAGGUUCUACAGGGUCAACAGACUCAAAUUAACUCCCGUAUGGAAGAGAACCGAAGACGUCAAGAAGAGUCUCUACAGGAGAGAGAGGAGCUCGUCCGGGAGAUGGAAGUAGUCCAGCAGAUGACUCAACGAGAGAAGGCAGAGGAAGAGAGGCAGAAACAGGAAACAAAGAGGGAGAUAGAGGCACAGAUGACAGAGCGACAGCAUCAGAAGGUCUCUAACCUGAAGCUCCAGCAGCAGGAACUAGAAGCAGAGAAACAGGCGGAGAGAGACUAUGAAGAGAUGUUACGACAAGAGGCGUCUCGUAUGUCACUUCAUGGAUUCCAACCAAAGUCUUUUCCAAGAAAAGGACCAGGGCCAAGCAGGAGUGCAUGGGAUUGAUACUAGUGAGUAUCGUAGUAUUCUUGUACCAUACAAUUCACCUGGAAGGGAAUUUAUAGUGUCUGAACAGGGUUUUUCCCAGGUUUUCAAUGAAUGUCAUACUUUAAUGAAUGUAAACUAACCCUCACGACUGGUGCAAUUUCUUCCCCAUUUCAAAAUAAUGGAUCUGUCUGGUAGACAUUUUGGGACAUUGAAUUGUGGAACACAUCCCAAUGACACAGGAACACUCUAUUUUGGAUAUAGGGGAGUAUUUUUGGACGGUUGUUAAUUAUAAACUGGAACUUAGAGGAAAGAGAGAAAUGAAUUAUCUUCAAGGUUUUAUUGGCUGGAGAGAAGAGUACUUUGAUGUAUUUAUAUUUGGUGUAUCAUAAUCGACUGGGCAUUGCAAUAAAAUAGAAUUAUGUAAAACUUCUGUAGCGUUAAUGGCAGGGUAUACUUUUGGUAAUUGCCAAAGACCAGUAUCCAAACAUAUGCAUAAAAUAACAAACCUGCAGGAAAGU